GGUUUUGGUUCCUGCGUAUUGCCAGGUAUUGCACGUUCACACAACACAAGACGUUGUACAGUCUGGCGUCCAAAAGUCACUCUUUCCUGCGUUUACUCACCGGAAUAUCCUUUCAAUUACGGUCCGUCCCUGGGCAUGAAGAUCGUUUCGAUGAGUUGCAUCAUCUGAUGGGUGGAUAUAGGAGAUUCCAAUGACAGUUUGAGACCCAAUCCGAUGAUGCUACUGUUACCGAAAGCUCGUUUGUCACGGACAUAAAACUUUGGAAGGACGUCUAAACAACGAUUCAGAGAACAAGAAGUGAACCGCUCUGUUCAGAGCAUCCUGAUCAAUCAGAUCAUCAAUUUAUUGCCGAACUGUUUUGCCACAGACCUGAGAAAAAACUUCUAUGGACAUUUGCUUAUUGGAGGAUUUGAAAAUAGAGUCACCAGGUUGAAUUGUUUGUAAAGAGCCCCAAACCAACAAACGUCAAGAUGUGUGCGGCCAUUGUCACCAAUUUUCUGCCGGACUCGCCCAGUCAGGAUAACCUCAAGUCCCCGACGACCCCCGACAUGCCCGAGGGCGCUCAUCUGUUUGCUCCAGACAGCUGCGAGCUGACCAAUGGGGAGGCAGACCUCAUGCACGGACUGUCCAACAAGAACAAACUAGUCAGCCCGAGUACAGAGAUGUUUGACCUGCUACAGAAGCAGCUGAAACAACGAUUAGAUGACGGACAGGGAGAGACCAUCUAUGAGAUAGGACAGGGAGGCGAUGGCAACGAGGGAGGCCUGAAUCGCGAGGACAUGGAUGCCUCCAUCGCCACCUUAGACUGCCUUGCCAAAUCCUUGGAGGCUGACGUGGUCUUACUCAGAGAGCGACCUCUGGAGACAGGAUACGCCGCCGAUUUCCUGGUCAGAAAGCGUGCUGAAGAGAGAGACUUUGUCGAAGUUCGAGUUGCAGUUGUAGGGAAUGUUGACGCCGGUAAGAGCACCCUCCUUGGUGUCUUAACCCACGCUGAGCUGGAUAACGGCCGAGGGCUGGCCCGACAGAAACUGUUCCGUCAUAAGCAUGAGAUGGAGUCUGGACGAACCAGCAGCGUGGGCAAUGACAUCCUGGGGUUUGACAGCAAGGGGAACGUCGUGAAUAAGCCAGAUACUCACGGUGGCAACCUGGACUGGCUGAGAAUAUGUGAAACGUCGUCCAAGGUCAUCACCUUCAUUGACCUUGCAGGUCACGAGAAGUAUCUCAAGACGACAGUGUUUGGAAUGACGGGACAUGCACCGGACUUUGGAAUGCUCAUGAUCGGCAGUAACGCAGGCAUCAUUGGCAUGACCAAAGAACAUCUGGGUCUUGCCCUGGCACUGAGCGUGCCCGUAUUUGUCGUCGUCACCAAGAUUGACAUGUGCCCACCCAACGUCCUGCAAGAGACUAUGAAGCUACUGCAGCGCAUCCUCAAGUCACCAGGAUGCCGCAAGAUCCCCGUGCUUGUUAGUACGCAGGAUGAUGUUGUCAUGGCUGCAACUAACUUCAGCUCCGAGAGAGUGUGCCCCAUCUUUCAAGUCUCUAACGUGACCGGGGAGAACCUGCCUUUGCUCAAGACUUUCCUCAACCUACUGUCCACCAGAAUGCACUGUGACAUCACCGAACCGGCAGAAUUUCAGAUCGAUGAAACGUAUUCAGUACCGGGUGUUGGAACUGUGGUGUCAGGAACAACGUUAAAGGGACUGAUCCGUCUGAACGACUCGUUACUCCUGGGUCCUGACCCCCAGGGCAACUUCCAACAAGUCAUAGUGAAAAGUAUCCAUCGGAAGCGCAUGCCUGUACGGAUGGUGAAGGGGGGUCAAACAGCCUCCUUUGCUCUCAAGAAGCAAAUCAAGCGUUCCCACAUCAGGAAGGGCAUGGUGAUGGUGUCGCCGCAGUCCAACCCAGAGGCAUGCUGGGAGUUUGAGGGGGAAAUUCUGGUUCUACACCAUCCGACAACGAUCAGCACACGAUACCAGGCUAUGGUUCACGUCGGCAGCAUCCGGCAGACAGCCUCUAUCAUCUUCAUGAGUAAGGAGCACCUCCGGACGGGAGACAAAGCGCAGGUCCGCUUCAGAUUCAUCAAAAACCCGGAGUUCCUCCACGCGGACAGCCGAAUGGUGUUCCGGGAGGGACGGACAAAGGCAGUCGGCCGCAUCACCAAGACCCACCCCCACGUCUCUCUGAGUGUCCUCAAGAACAAACAGAAGAUGGGCAAAGGAAGGGGCCAGACGGCGGGGCCCAAACCCCCCGACAACAUGCCUGCCAGAUACGGUGGGGGUCAGGGGUCGAAGGGCGGGCGAAGGAGCCGACACAAGAAAGCUCGGGAGACGGGGGAAGACCCCGAAGAGACCAGACACUACCACGAAGCCGCGGCGUGUGCGUCCACCUCUGGGACUGAAGUAUAAAAGUAAAUUUUAAAACGAGAAUCACAAUCAAAAUUUUUAAAAUGUGACUGUCACCAUCAAAUGGCUGUAUCUUAAAGUCCAAAAUUACACUUUUGGACGUAAUGCAUAGUUGGAAAGACAAUUUCAUUAGCAGUGAAAUGACACCAAACUUAAUGUAUUUCUACUUUCUGAUUCAGAUGAAACUGUGAGAUUUUUUAACCUGCUACAUAAGUUUUUUGUACCGACUGCACAUUUAUAUUGCUUGGUCCCCCCCCCCCCAAAAAAAGUGAAAUGCACUUUUUUCGGGAAUUUGUAUAUUAUUUCAAAACUGGAGGAGAAUGCUUCAAAGUAUUCAGGUCUGAAAAAAAAUCGAAACAUCCAACCCAUUUUUUUUGCAAAAUUGACGUCGUGCAAUUUUACAGCCAGUUGGUGUUAGAUGGUCACAACUCAGCUGUUUUGCAUAAAUUUAAAUAAAAUUCAAACUGUUCACUGCAACGUUGUAGUAAAACAAAAUUCUUCUUUUGUAGGUUUUUCAUGUCAUGCAGUAAAGCUGUGGAUUCAUAAUUAAAAUCAAAACUUUUAACUCUUGAUAAAUAAAUCAUGAACACUCAGUGUCAGAUGCUGCGUCACUGUCGCAAAAUUGCCAGCACAUCUGGCUUUUCAAAGAAAAAUUUGUUACUUUUUGUUUAACUAAAUCAACAAAAUUUUAGAACAAAGUUACCGUUACGUCAAUUUCCAGAGGAUUUUAUGCAAGAAGAUGGACACAUCGCAUCUUCUGAACUUGCCAGUAACAAAUCUUACAUGUGAUGUUUGAAGCAGUAUUGUGGUGCAGAUACAGUAAUGUUGUGACAAGGACAAAUUUAGCAAGUUUUAAUCAGUCAUUUUUACAAUCAUCUUAGCUGUAGUUAAAUUUUCUGUGACCAUUUUAAUACCUUUUAUCGGGAAUUUUAUCACAAUUGUGCAAAUUGAAUACAAUUACAUAUCAGUCCAGAAUAACUUCUUAAUAAGUUACUCUUUUUUUACAUUUUAAUCAUAACUGUGUAAAAUCUCCCUUCUUACCUAAAACAUUGUUGUCCUUUAAAAUACAUUGUAUAUUCUCUCAUUUGCAUAUUACCACUUGUUAAAGCCCUGCAACAAAAUUUCAGUAUGCUACCCAAAAUGUUGAAAAGUUGAACUGUCAUUAAAGGUAAAGUAGGCCAUUUGUCAUUGGUAAAUUUUGUUUUCGUUUGAAGCAACAAAAGUGCCAAAAAUCUAAAGAGGAGCGUUUAAGAACUAACCUGAUGAAGCGUUAGCUCUGUGAAUGCUGUAUAUUUCUAGAAAACACAAUAUUCUGGAUCUCGAUAUUAGUUCAAAAGUUUCUGAGUCAUGACCCAAUCCCGAAAACAGCAUUCGGGACGUGAUUCUCAUUCAGCCAAUUGUUGCUACGUGACGUCACACACUGAACCUACAAGAUUCUUGCUGAUACAUGUAAUAGCAACCGCGCGCGCGUGUGCAUGUGCGUCAUGACAAUGCACUUGCACCCAUUCACGGAUUUGCCCAAUUACAAACCAACUGCCAACAGCUAUUUCCAGAAAUGUGUCACUUGACACAUCUUUGGGAAUGACCUUUUUUUUUUUUUUUCCAAAAUGACAGCAUACCAAAAAGGAAUAAUUUCACAGGGAGUUUAGUGUUAUUACUAUCUUUAAACCAAGUAAACUUUUAACAAUAAUUUGGUCGGUUUAAUCCUUUUUGGAUAGAUGCAAAUGGUCUAAUAUACCUUUAAAUCGCAGACUAUGGAUUUAACAUCAUGUUACAUCAGAUUGUUGCAGUCAGAUUGACCAUCAUGUGAACAUUAUUUUCUGCAAUUUGUAUAUUACAAAGACUUCAUCACUAGCGUUGGUUCCUACUGGACCUUUUCAAACUUCGUUUUUAAUGCAGUGUUACAUGUGAAUAAUAAGGGCAUGCCUAAUUUACUUGUACAUACGACUGAACAAUUUUUAGACCCUUCGCUUGCAUUUUAAAAAAUAAGUGUUAAUAGAAUUUUCUUUUUUCCCCCAAAAUUGUCAUUUGUGCAGCUCUUAAUAUCCUGUAGUGUUUUAAAUCAUUGAUGUAAAUUAGAUACUUAGAACAAUGGUAGUUUUAAUUAAAACUUUGCAAGAUGUCAGAUGAUUAUCACUCUCUUUAGUGUGCAUUUUAUUUAUUCUUAAAACUACAGAAUGACAUUCAAUUUUCUGUCUUCUACAUGUAAUGAGAAUGUACGCUUUCUUGGGACUUGUUCUUUUUGCUUGAAACAUUCUAUGUAUUUUGUUUUCUUUUUGGUGUUUUAUUCCAUGUUUUUUGCCUUUUUUGUAGAAUUAGUAAAGUUUGUCCCCAUGCCAAA